AUGCCGGACCCGCUAAACGCCUGUGGGGACCCAGAGAUCUAUUGUGAUAGUUUCCGCAUCGAUCUCACCUCCGAGAGUUUUGGUCAAUGCAAGUGCGGUUUCAAGAACGCGGACCACCCGGUGAAGAUGAAAGACGUUGAAUGCUGUCCAUGCCUCGGCGGAGGGUCGAGCAGUGUGCCAAAGCGAGUGUCUCGGCUGAGCGUUCCAAAAAAGCCGACCAUCUGCGGCUCCCUCGUUUACGACGACUCUGCCCAGGGAACGCUUCAGCUGCACUACACACGUGAUGCGCCCGUCGAGGGUGCUCUCGCAUUCUUCGAGACGGAGGACGCGGUGCCUGAAUUCAAGCUCAAUAGCAAUUGCGGCCGGUCGGACAUCAUAAAGGGAGUGGGUGGGCCGAACCCAAGGAAGUACUACGAGGGAUGGAGCCAAUUUGUCAAGCUAGCGCAAGGAUGGACGGGAGACUUCACCCACCUGGCCAACAAGGACGCAAAGCCGGUCGCUCUCUAUAUCACCGACGAAAAUAUCAAGGUAACGCGCGUCAAGCUAGAUGAGCCGAUCGACCUGUCAGAGGUGGUGUGCGUCGCCAUUGUCCCCAAGGACUGCUUAGCUUACUCUGGCGUCACGAAACUCGAGCUCGGCAUGUUCAAGGUAAACGCAAAGAAUGCGAACGGGGUGUCACUCGACAUUGGGGCGGCGUCAAGCCCAACUAGGUCAGCGCCUCCAAGCCCAAUCAAAGAUGUGAAGCCAUCCCCGAGUCCCGCACCAGCAGCCACGGAAGUCCCGGAGGAGGAAUCAGCACCGGCAGCAUGA